AUGGGACGUGAGGAGCAAGGAAGGACUUGGUGCAUGGACGCAGCUCAACUGGAUACGCAAAGGAAGAAGGAGGAAGCCAUCUUGAAGACCAGCUCGACCACCUACUCGACCACCGGUCGAGUUCCUCAACUCGACCGGCCAAGCUUCAACUCGAUCGAGCUGAGAAGUCAAAGUCAAACCCGAAAAAUGUGUAUGCGAACUCGAUCGAGUCGAACAACAGAAGACUUGGUCGAGCUAGACUUCACCACGGGUAGAAAGAGAAGUCAGAGGACUCAGAGAGUACUGAAAAGGAACCAGAGGGGAAUGGAAACCCUUUGGGCAAUGGACUCGGUCGAGCUAGGCAAACUCGACCGAUUGGUCUUUUGGAGCAUUCUGGAGCAUAUGGGACAAGGAGCAUGGAGGGACUUGGCACAUGGAAGCAGCUCAACUGGAUACGCAAAGGAAGAAGGGAGAAGCCAUCUUGAAGACCAGCUCGACCGUCUACUCGACCAACCGGUCGAGUUCCUCAACUCGACCGGCCAAGCUUCAACUCGAUCGAGCUGA